AUGUUUGAUGAACACGGUGAUAUUACAACAUGGAAUGAAAGGGCGACAGAGUUUGAAAAGAGAUCAGUGCAAGAAUAUGGUGGAACUUGCAAACCUUGUGAAGGACAUGACUUAGGCGGAGUAAUGCUGUACAUAAAAACAAAUUUGAAUGCCAAACUCAAAAAGAACAUUAAUGAUUGCUUCAAAAAAGAAUUGGUUGCAGGAUUAAGUGGCCUUAUGGAAACAAACUGCAAAAGCAAAUUAAUUCAUUUUAUAUGGGAGAUUUUAAUUAUCAUAUUGACUGGCAAAGACAGCCGGAUCAUAGAACACUUAUCAAAAAAUAAUAUAAUUGGUAAAAGUCAACACGGUUUCAUAAACAAAAGAUCAUGCCUAACAAAUUUGCUGGAUUCCCAUUACUAA